AUGGGCUUCUUUCAGUCCAGCACUGACAGGCCCGAGAUAUCCGCUCCCGAGGUUUCAGUUCAACAAGAUGCGGAACCCAGAUCAGAGAAGACAGGGCAUGCAGAGAAAGAGAUGGACGAACCUAUAGAAACCCACGAUGGGAGCGAUGAAACGCAGUCACCAAAGAAACCAUUGUCUUUCCACUUGGCAUUCAUUGGCCUCGCUACCAGUCUUUUUGUCUUCCAGAUGGACGCAACAUGUCUGGGUAUAGCGCUGCCUACCAUAGCCGGUGAUUUAGGCGGCUCAAAUUUACAGUCUUUCUGGGCGAAUCUGGCCUACACGCUAUGUGGCCUCUCCUUGCAACCAGUAUGGGCCAGUAUCUCCGACGCAUUUGGAAGGAAACCGCCUCUCUUCGUAUCCAUGGCAUUAUUCUUUAUUGGAUCUAUUGUUUUCUCCACCGCCAAAAACAUGAACACGAUCAUCGUUGGCCGAGUAUUGCAGGGCCUCGGCGGCGGAGGAAUCGACGUUCUCACCGAAGUCAUUUUGGCCGACAUGACGACGCUGCAGGAGCGCUCGACAUACCUUGGCUUAAUGGGCAUUCCUUCGGCUAUCGGCAAUAUCUUGGGACCAUCCGUUGGAGCGCUGUUCGCUUCCUACGCUAGCUGGCGGUGGAUUGGAUGGGUUAAUUUGCCCAUUCUGGGGGUUGCUACACCGUUGCUGUUUUUCUUCCUCAAUUUACGGCGGGUCAAGCUCGAUGCCUCUCUCGGCGGCAAUCUGGCUCGCCUUGAUUGGAUUGGUAUGAUGCUGAUGAUUAUCGGUAUUACUAUCUUCGUGUUGCCUCUCAGUUGGGCGGGUUCUCUGUACCCGUGGGCUUCGUGGCAGACUCUUCUUCCGAUGCUUCUGGGAGUUGUGGUACUUGUUGGCUUCGGGUUUUACGAAGCGUACCCAGCGUCACCGAUCGUUCCUCAUCGACUGUUCCAUUCUACGACUGCCAAUAUGACAUUGGUGGGAGUGUUCUUCCAUGGCGCAAUUCUAGUAUCUCUUUUGCAGUAUCUACCUUUGAUAUAUCAAGCUGUGCAACUCGAAACUCCAAUCCUGUCUGCCGUCUCCUUACUGCCGACUGUCAUUACCAGUGUGGUAUUUGCAGCUAUCUCAAUGAUGAUGGUCCCGUUAUUUGGAGGAUAUGCGUGGCUCCUCCGGUUCUCGUGGGUCAUCCUCACGCUGGGAACUGGUUUACUCGCUUUGUUCAACGUUGGAUCCUCAGAAUCAAUGCGUUAUGGACUUCCGAUCUUGUGGGGGACGGGUGUUGCCUUGCUCCGUCUCAGUAUCCUUCCCAUGCAAGCGAGUGUCAAGGAUAUCAAUGACACUGGCCUCGCAAUCGGAUUGCUGUUAGCUAUUCGCAUGUUCGGAGGUCUGGUAGGGCUCACCAUUGCUUCAACCAUUUUCAAUACAACCUUUUCAAUCUCCUCCUCUUCAAUAGAGCUUACCGGAUCCCUGGCACCUCUUCGGGACGCUGCCAAUGCUGUCAACUUCAUUGACAAGCUGAGGUUGCUUGAUAUUUCAGCUGCAAACCUUGAUCCAAUCUUGAGAGUUUAUCUCAAAUGUUUCCAGACCAUCUUUUUUACAAUGACGGGCCUGAGUGGUUUUGGUCUAGUGACCUCAUUCUUUGUUGUCGAGAUUGAUUUGAAUCGGAAAAAUCUUGGAAACCAACGGUUCGAAGAAUAG